AUGAGUAGUGACAUGUCAGCAACCAAACAACUCACGGGUGAUAUAAUUUCUCCUCCGCCCCAACACACAGAAGUACUGCUUGGUGCCCCAACAGAUACCAAUGCUAGUCCACCGACUAAUAAUAUGUCAACUUGGGCGUUAGCUGGUUUACAAAAGCUCAAUGUUAGUGAUUUGUACAGUCGACAACGUCAAAGUUUACGUCCAUGGAUGGAUUUUUUCAAUACCAAUCAAUUCAAACCGCCGGCGAAUGUCAAAGCUGGUGCCCGCCGUCUCGUUCUGAAUGUUGAACAUUUUCAAACAAAUUAUUUCAUUGUAAUCAUCAUCUUAUCAAUCUAUUGCAUAAUUACCACACCGGCUUUACUAUUUGUCCUGUUAGCCACUGGUGCAGGUUGCUAUUUAGUUAGCUUGAAGAAUCGUGAAAGUCAAUUGACGAUCAUGGGUAAACAGGUCGCUUUGACACAUCAAUAUUUAGCUGUGUUCUGCCUUUGCAUCCCACUGCUUUUGAUGGUCGGUGCCGGCUCGGCAAUAUUCUGGAUUUUAGUAUUCGUUAUCUUUCUCCAUGCACUUUUUCAUCAAACUCCAAAUCAAGAAGCAUUUGGUGUUCAAAUGGAAGAAGCUUGA